UAUUAUAUUCCAAUCUUUAAGCUAAGAAUGAAGUGCUCUGCGAUUUCGUUAUAUAUUUUCGUCUUGGUGCUGUGUCACGAGGGAAUUGCCCAGCUCCUAGAUGAAAAAUGUGUUCCAAAUACGAAAUUCGUUGAAAAAGUAACGUAUGGCCAUCAAGCAAAAAAAGGUGUCACCCCAUGGAUGGCUCUUAUACGUGAUUCCAAGGAGUUUAUUUGUGGCGGUUCACUUAUUAACAAACGCUUUGUCUUAACAGCAGCCCACUGCUUUAAAAAUCGACCCGAACUAUUUGUAAAAUUAGGUGUUUACGACCAAUAUUGCCCUCCAUCAAAUUGCACAGAGGUGGAAGAAUAUAAAGUAGUCGAUAGGAUUGCCUACAACGUAAACGGAGUUACUAGCGAUAUAGGACUACUAAAACUGGACAGAGAAGUGAUCUACAAUGACUAUAUUUCGCCGAUCUGCAUCAUCCUCGAUAACACGGUAGACCCGUUGUCCGUAAAAAAGUACUCGGCCUACGGCUGGGGUAUGACGCAUAAAGGAAAACCAAGCCGAUACCUUAGAUUAUUAAGCCUGCGUCGUAGUAGUGCGACGGAAUGCAAUUCUAUGUACGAUUCGUUUGAUGAAAAGGUAUUCUGCGCUGGUGGCUCAAAAGGGGACACCUGUCACGGCGACUCCGGCGGUCCUUUGAUCUCGCGUGUCAAGUACAAUGGAACAAUGAUCUACGCCCAGAUGGGGGUAAUCUCUUUAGGAUCCGAGUCCUGCGAUUCCAUUGGACUUUAUAUAGAUGUAAUGAAACAUAAAAGUUGGAUAAUGGAACACUCUCAAGUCGUAGAUCCAGAAGUGAAGAUUAUGCUGAAACAAGCUCCUGAGGAGCCUUCCCAGGAAUGGCAUAUGUAUUAUCAGGUUAUCAGUGAAUUAUGGUGGCAGGAUCCGAAUAAUCAGUCUCAAAAGAUAUUAUUGGAAUGGAAAAAUAAGAUCAGUUUAAACCAAAGGGAUAACAAAUCUAUGCCAAAAUUGGAAUAUCGCUCGAAAACUAAGUAAUUUCCAG